GCAUCCCGGCUCUGGGGCGGCGCUGACAGUCUGGUCCGCGCCGGGCAGCGGGCGCAGCAGCGGGCAGGGCUGCCGGCAGGCACGGAGGCAGAGCCCCGCCGCGCGCCCCGGCCCGCGCCCGGCGCCGCACCCCAGGCCGCCCGUGGGGUGCCCACCUGCCGCCCCGACGGGAGGCCCCCCGCGGCCGCAGCCGCUGCCCAGGGUCGGGCGCCCGCGGCGGCACCAUGAGUCCCCGCUCCUGCCUGCGUUCGCUGCGCCUCCUCGUCUUCGCCGUCUUCUCGGCCGCCGCGAGCAACUGGCUGUACCUGGCCAAGCUGUCCUCGGUGGGGACCAUCUCGGAGGAGGAGACGUGCGAGAAGCUCAAGGGCCUGAUCCAGCGGCAGGUGCAGAUGUGCAAGCGGAACCUGGAGGUGAUGGACUCGGUGCGCCGCGGCGCCCAGCUCGCCAUCGAGGAGUGCCAGUACCAGUUCCGGAACCGGCGCUGGAACUGCUCCACGCUCGACUCCCUGCCCGUCUUCGGCAAGGUGGUGACGCAAGGGACUCGGGAGGCGGCCUUCGUGUACGCCAUCUCUUCAGCAGGUGUGGCCUUCGCGGUGACGCGGGCGUGCAGCAGUGGGGAGCUGGAAAAGUGCGGCUGUGACCGGACAGUACACGGGGUCAGCCCCCAGGGCUUCCAGUGGUCAGGAUGCUCCGACAACAUCGCCUAUGGCGUGGCCUUCUCACAGUCGUUCGUGGACGUGCGGGAGAGGAGCAAGGGGGCCUCGUCCAGCCGGGCCCUCAUGAACCUCCACAACAAUGAGGCCGGCAGGAAGGCCAUCCUGACGCACAUGCGGGUGGAGUGCAAGUGCCACGGGGUGUCGGGCUCCUGCGAGGUAAAGACCUGCUGGCGGGCCGUGCCGCCCUUCCGCCAGGUGGGCCACGCCCUGAAGGAGAAGUUUGACGGUGCCACCGAGGUGGAGCCGCGGCGUGUGGGCUCCUCCAGGGCGCUGGUGCCGCGCAACGCGCAGUUCAAGCCGCACACCGACGAGGACCUGGUGUACUUGGAGCCCAGCCCGGACUUCUGCGAGCAGGACAUGCGCAGCGGGGUGCUGGGCACGCGGGGCCGCACGUGCAACAAGACGUCCAAGGCCAUCGACGGCUGUGAGCUGCUGUGCUGUGGCCGCGGCUUCCACACGGCACAGGUGGAGCUGGCCGAGCGCUGCAGCUGCAAGUUCCACUGGUGCUGCUUCGUCAAGUGCCGGCAGUGCCAGCGGCUGGUGGAGCUGCACACGUGCCGGUGACUGCCGCCCGCCCGCGCCCAGCACCGCCUCGCGCCCGGGGAAGGCCCGUAAUUUAAACAGUCCCCCACCGCCCACCCCAAAAGAUACUGGUGAUAUUUUUUUGUUUUGGUUUGGUUUUUGGGUCCUCAUGUUAUUUAUUACCGAAACCAGGCAGGCGACCCCAAGGGCACCAGCUGGGGUCUCCCUGAAGCCUGGGCCUCCGUGGCUGCCAGUGACCAAAGGGACCUUGCUCGCACUUCCGGCUGUCCACGCGUGGCUGCUGCUGACCACUCGCUCGGCUGUUAUCCGUGUCCGUCUUUCCACUUGUGGACUCAAAGUGGGUAGCAGGCGUGUUUCAGCCACGUGCCUACCAACCGCCAUCUAGGGAAAGGGGUGGCCCUGUGGUGGGGGAAAUCAGUGCCAUUUUGCUGGAAGUUGCGCCCCCACGCAUACACACGGGCCCCUGGCAGCUUCAUCCUGGUGGCCUUGUCCUCUCAAGGCCCCUGGAAAGGGAAUGGGCAGAUACCAGGCCAAGGGCAGAGGGUUUAUCAGCCCUCCAUGCGCAGCUGGAGGUGUAACUUCUGUGGGACCUUCCAGGCAGAAGAGCAGGUGAGGUGAGGCCAAGAGAAAGCUGCAGUCCCACCCUCGAGCCCAGCCUGCCUGGCCUCCCCCUCGGAGAGGGAAACCCCCACUCCCUGGUCCCUUCCCGGCAGGAGUCCAGCCGGCCAUCCUGGAUCAGCGAUCCCAGCGGGGUCUCUGCAGUGAUGCCCCGUGUGAGCCUCCUCCUCACAGAGCUGCUUCUCUGUGACACUAGGAAUGGACAUGGCUCACACACGUGUACACAGAGGAAAGGGCCGUUUAAGAAAGCCCUCUCCCAACCAUUUCCUGCGCCCAAUUUACUGAGUAAAUGCUACGUUCUAGGCCCGAUACUGGGCCAUCUCACUGGAUGAUGGAGAAGACAGGGAUGUUCGUGCCCACUUUGUAGCAGCGGGGGCAAUGCCCAGCGGGUCCCAGAGCAGCAAGAUGCAGAGGCAGAGCCGCAAGCGCCCUCCAGCCAAGGCUCCUCCAGGCUCCUGCACCUGAAGGCCCAGAACCUGCAGGUCUUCUUGGGUCUGAGCCUUGGGGAGGGGGCUCUGCUGGAAGAAAAGGGGCCGCGAGGCAGUUGGAGGCACAGACCACAGGCUGAGCGAGAGCCCCCACAGUUCCUGAGGGCAGAGCUCUGAGGGACAAGGCGGACAGCGGGGAGGCACCCUGCCCCUGGGGACCACGGUACUGAAGAGUCCCCCCAAGACCGCACCAGCUGCCCGGGCCUGGCCCUGCACAGCAGCCACACCGUCAGGAGUCCAGUCCAAACUUCUGUGAGCAAGACAAGCACACGGCAAGACCUGGCCUGACCCCACUGCCUCUAGGUGGGCUCCCAACCACCAAAGGGACUCGCUGCCAGCCCAGGCUCCAGGCUUCCCCCGCAUUGGGGCUCUAGGCUUCUGGUUUGAGGUCUUGAGCUCUGGGAUCCCCUUUGGAGGUUCUCAGACCCAAGCUCUUGGCUCCAGGGUUCAAUGUCUGAAUCCAAGCCCCAGAUUCAGAAGGCAGGCUCUGGCCUGCAGAAGCUCUCCAGGCCUGCGGUCUGUGCCUCCUGGUGUCGGCUCCCUCACGAAGAGGUCAACACUCUUGGCCUCCAGCCAAGCUCCCUGCUCAGUGUCCAUCUGAGAAGGCCAAAACCAAGUGAGAUGCUGGAGCCACAUUCGAAUGUGGGGAUAAUCUUGGGGCGGGCAGGCUCUGAUGUGGAUGAAAGCUGAGCCGACUGUGUCCCCACAGCUGCCCAGCGGGGCUCACUGCUCCUCUGGCGGGCUCUGUGCAGCCAUAUGCUCAGCGCCAGGGAAAAUACCAUCCCUCACUGGCAGAGGCAGACCCUGACGAAGGGAGCAACAGGGACCCCUCCCCUUCCAGAGAUAGGGCUGAGCCACUGUCCCCCAUCCCCAAGUCCUCUCCCCAGAGCCAGGGGAACAGGAGGUCCAGGCUGAACGCUGGUAUGAUGGGCACUGCCCCCAGGAAGAAAGGAGAGGGUCUGGACCCAUUCACGGGCUUCACCUUCCCACCUGCCAGGGGGCUCCUCACAGCUGGGGUUCUGAAGGGUGUCACCUCUGCCCAGCCCUACCACCACCACCACCAGCCCCCCAAACGCCAAAGGGAGCCUCAGCCACAGGCAAACGGAGCUUCCUUGGACACGCCCUCCUCCAAACUGUCCCAGAUCGAGGAAGAACCAGCACAGGCCUGACAGCCCACCCACGCUGGAAGCUGGUCAGAGGGUCCAAGUCCAGCCCAAAACCUUCUCCACUCAUCUUGCCACAGGCCAAGGUGAUGUCCUCCGCAGCCUCAGGCUGGAGAGGCCCUGGCUUUGGAUGCUGCUGCCCCUCUGCUGCCCCAUCCCAUCCUCCAAUUUUAUAUAAGGCUCCUUGCCUUUGUGACAUCCCCAUGAAAUAGUCUGAUGCACGAUAAAAUGAUUAUUUCUUUA